AUAUACAUGGGUUCAACAUUCGGCGAAAAUGCAGAGAUUGUGGUCAAGAAGAUGAGGGGAGGAGACAAAAUUACUGUUGAAUACGAUCCUGUAACACUUUAUCCGUUUUUUCUUCACCAUAAACUUGUGUAUUUCAAAAGCUGUUCUAAUAAAUCCAUUUCUUCACUGAAACGGCAAUUGCGAAAAUUAGUUUUCAAUUUUUUGCUCACGUUUCAGAUCAUUGUCAACGUUAAUGGAAUGGAGCUUAAGUUCCCUCAUGAACUAUUCAUUGAUGGAAAAUUCCAACCUUCUUCAAGCGGAAGGACAUACGAUACCAUUAAUCCUUCUGAUGAAACUGUGAUCUGCAAAGUUCCAAAGGCUGACGCUAACGAUGUGAAUAGAGCAGUUGCAGCAGCUAAAACGGCCUUCGAAGAUGGUGAAUGGCGAAAGAUGUCGGCUCGUGAACGAGGAAAGCGAUUGUACAAAUUAGCCGAUCUUAUGGAGGAGCAUAAGGAAGAACUAGCCACACUCGAGUCUUUGGAUUCGGGUGCAGUUUACACUUUGGCACUGAAAACACAUGUAGGAAUGUCUAUUGAUGUGUGGAGAUACAUGGCUGGAUGGUGCGACAAAAUUGAGGGUAGCACAAUCCCAAUUUCCAAUGCCCGCCCUAAUUACAAUCUUACCGUUACUAAGAGGGAACCGAUAGGAGUAGUUGGCCUGAUCACACCAUGGAACUAUCCACUUAUGAUGCUUUCAUGGAAAAUGUCUGCUUGUUUGGCAGCUGGAAACACAAUUGGAAAGGUACUAGCUGAGCAUCCAGAUGUCAGAAAGGUUGGCUUUACCGGCUCGACCGAAGUAGGCGCGGAAGUAAUGACCAGUUGUGCUCGAUCAAAUAUCAAAAAGGUAUCAUUGGAAUUGGGAGGAAAGUCUCCCCUAAUCAUCUUUGCCGAUUGCGAUAUCGACCGCGCCGUCAAGCAAACCUGCAACGCCGUUUUCUUCAACAAAGGAGAGAACUGCAUUGCGGCUGGUCGAGUUUUUGUUGCUGAUAGCAUUCAUGAUAGUUUCCUGAGAAAGUUAGUUGAUGAAACCAAGAAGUAUGUUAUUGGUGAUCCUCUUGAUCGAUCAACUGCCCAUGGACCUCAAAAUCACAAGGCUCAUUUGAACAAACUGCUUGAAUAUGUGCAGAAAUCAAGAGAAGGUGGAGCUAAGGUUGUCCUGGGAGGUGAGCGUCUACCACGUCCAGGACUCUUCUUCCCACCAACUAUUCUUGCCGAAGUGGAGGACGAUAACUUUGCUGCUACCGAGGAGUCAUUCGGCCCGAUUAUGUGCGUUAGCCGAUUCGAUGACGAUGACAUUGAUGAGGUGGUCCAAAGGGCAAAUAAAACUGAAUAUGGAUUAGCUGCUGGAGUGUUCUCAAAGGAUAUUUCGAAAGUUCUACGUGUUGCCGAUCGACUUAAUGCUGGCACAGUUUUCAUCAAUACAUAUCAAAAGACUGACGUUGCCGCUCCAUUCGGUGGCUUCAAACAAUCUGGAUUCGGCAAAGAUCUUGGCCAAGAAGCGUUAAACGAGUACCUGCAAACGAAAACUGUCACAAUCGAAUAUUAG